AUGGCGGGAAGUUUAAUGGCGGACGAGUUCGAAAUCUUAAGAAAUGAAUUUAGACCAGUUCACGUUGCCACGUUGGAGAAUAAGAUUGCUUGUCCGCACCCUGUGUGUGAGGAGGCUGUUUUCUUGCAAAGAGCUGGACUCCAGCAGCAUUAUAGGAUUCGUCAUCCAGAAGUGAUUUUUCUACCGAAAAUUGAAGACGCGGCCGGCUGUUUAAUGCAAAAGUUGCACGCCAGAGAGACAAGAAAUAUCCUACUUGAGCUUUUCGAAAAGCGGUCAGGGCAGGCAGUAUUUACAUAUUAAUGGGAAAGUCCGUUUCGGUACAAGAUUUGUUAAUUUCUAAGCUUAAUUAAUGCCAACUCUAUUGAUUAUGUUAGGUUUCGAGUGAUGAAACUAUCUUUUCUGUCGGGAUAGCUGAUGACAGGCUUAGAGUUGUGGCAAAACGACCGAAUGAAGCUGCCAAGAUGUUUGCGAUGUAUUUGUUGCAUGCUGGCCGAUUAAGAGAGUACUCGAAAGGCAACAAGCCAGUGUUAAUAACAGUUUCCACCUCGAGCCUAUUGGUUAAAUUCAAAGCUUGGUACGGUUUGAAAGAAUUUGAGGACACGAAAUCCAAGGGCACCGCUGUAAUACUAGAACCAUGUUUUGUAAAAAAGGUAAUACUUUUAGAUUAUUAUUGACAUAUUUGAUUCAUCAUAAAAAAAAGAUAAUAUAUUUUUCGAUUUCUGAAUCAAAAGGUUGCUCAAAAAGCACAAAAUUGUACUGAAAUGGUUAAUCUCGUGAAAUUGUUAUGAUAUAAAAGUAGUACUUUUAUAACAAAAUAUCCUAGUAUUAUAACGAUGCCUUUCGAUCUGGUCUUCUGAAAUCCUCUGGAACUGUACUUUGCUAACCUAAUAUAUAUUGGGAACCUAAGAUAAUCAAUAGUAGGCAUUCUUUAAGUUUCAAAAACAUGUACCGUAAUGAACUUUCUCAUAAACAUAUUACCUGUCCAAACUGGACAUAAAAAGCCCAGAAGAUGUUUCUUACCUCCACGACAUGAAACUGAUUCAUUAACAAAUCGCCGCUUCUUCGAUUCUUGGUGAUCCUGAAUGACUGCAUUGUAUACAGUAAGUUGUUGGAGUCCACUUUUUUGGAUGAACACGGUCUUUAAAAACUGCAAAUGUUUUUUUUCUUUGCUUUAAUUUCGCAAAAUGAUUCGCUCUCCUUUCUUUUUGAGAUAUUACAUUGUACACCAAUUUUGUCUAGCAAAAUAAAACUCAUCCUGUUUGUCUCAACAAAAUAAAUUAUUGAAAACUUUGCUUUAAAGGUGAUGGACAAUUUUGUUACCCCUAUGGAGGAGGAGGCUGAAGUGGUCACUGAGACACUACCACUUAGCCAGACAGGUGAUGUGGCUAUAGAUACUUUAAAAAAUGUGUUUGGAUAUGAUGCAUUUCGGGGCAAGCAAAGAGAUGCCAUCGAUGCCAUUUUAAAUAAAAAUGACUGCAUUGUACUGAUGCCAACUGGUGGUGGCAAGACCGUGUGCUAUGCAGUUCCGGGGGUCAUUCUGCCUGGAGUCACCAUCGUUGUCUCACCUCUAAUUGCCCUCAUACUUGAUCAGGUGCAACGCCUGCGUAGGGCUGGUCUUAAUGUGUGUUAUCUUGUUUCAAGUAUGAAGAAUGAGGAGAAAAUGGUUGUUUUUCACAACCUUAGUUUGCCUGACCCAUCAUACAAGUUCCUCUUCACUACUCCUGAAACUAUCACAACCCCCAAUGUCAAAUGUUUGAUGCAAACUAUGACUACCAAUAACACGCUUACCCAAUUUGUUAUAGACGAGGCCCACUGUAUUGACUGCUGGGGAUUUAAUUUCCGCCCCAGUUACUCCAGCCUAGGGUUACUAAAGGAUUAUGGUGUACCUGUAGUGGCCCUAACAGCCACAGCAACGGACAGAACUGUUUCUGUUAUUAGUCUCCAAUUGCGGCUGGAAAACCCAGCUAUUAUUACUCAGUCAUUUCUAAGGAGCAACUUACAUUUCAGUGUGGUUCCUAAGAAAUCUUCUGCCAAAGACGACAUUGCCAAAUUAAUAAGUGAAAACUUUGCUAACUCUUGUGGUAUCAUUUACUGUUUGGAACGGAAAGAUACCAUUGAAAUGGCCUAUACCUUAAACACUAAAGGUAUAAAUGCAACAUAUUUUCAUGGUGCUCUUGAUCCCUUUGAGAAAAAGGAAACAAGUUCUGCUUGGCUAGAGGGACGAGCACUUGUUAUGUGUGCUACAUCCGCCUUUGGAAUGGGAAUUGAUAAGAGUAAUGUCCGUUUUGUAAUUCACCAGACAAUUCCAAAAUCUCCUGUUGAGUAUUAUCAAGAAGCUGGCAGGGCUGGACGGGAUGGUGCUCAGGCUAAGUGUAUCAUUUUCUUCAAAUUCGAGGACAGGAACAAACAACUGCGUAUGAUAUCGUCUCUAGCUGAAAAUGAGCAUAAAAUGUUGGCACAUGAAAGUCUCAAUGCAAUGUCUAUGUACUGCAUUAGUAAUGGCUGUCGAACCAAACAGUUGCUCCAAUACUUUGGUGAAGUAGUAGGUGACUGUAACAGUUGCGACGCUUGUCACAAAACAGAUCACCCAGCAAGCAGCAAUGCCUCAGAAGAUGGAAAGAAUGUUGUUCAGUGUGUGGAGGGUAUGCUUCAGCUUCACCCUAAAGUGACUUUUAAAGCAGUUGUCUUCACUUUCAUUGGAUCUAAGCGAAAAGAAGUGGCUGCCAAGAAAUUCAAUGAGGUGCAGAAAUUUGGCGCAGGCAAAGGCAAAUUUUCAAUGCAGUCUGCCUCUAAGUUUAUUCAGCUGCUUAUUGUUAGAAACAUUUUAAAGGAAAAC